AUCACACUGUUACCUCCUCAUGAAUUAUUAAGCACCCUGUGCCGAUUUUAGCCCAACUCCGAAUGCUGCAUUUUUUUUUUCUCCCUUCCUGCGGGGUCUGAGGCAGUGUGGAAGGUCGGGCUCUUUCCUUUUUUGACAGCUGUAUUACUGCUGAUAAGCGAGACUGCGUGAGCCGAUCAAGAAGUGAGACAAGCGUUCGGAGCGGGAGCGGCACGGCAUCAGCGGCAUCAGCAGCGCUCCAGUCACAAGGAGCCGUGGCGGCAGAAGCAGCAGCAGCAGCAGCAGCAGCAGCAGCACUAUCAGUCAGAGCACAGGCAGCAGCGGCAGCGGCAGCAGCAACAAACUCUCUCCUGUCUCCGUCUCCUCUUUUGUGGAGUUCUUUCCUGCUCGGAGGACGAAAGCCAAAAGGAAGUGGGAGGGAAGUGAUCCGGGGCUGACAGCUGCCAUCAAAAUAAAACCAAACGCAGACCUGGCUGCCCCCAUGCCUAUCGAAUUUGUUUGCAAAAUCAAAUUUGCAGAGGAGGAUGAGAAGCAGAAGGGCAAGCAGGAUGGGGACAAGGAGAGCCUGAUCGAGGAGAGCUGCACGCCUCCGGCCAAGGACCUGGCCGGGUUCGCUAACUCCUGCUCCCUCCAUGGGAUUAACCACAUCUUCGUCUCUGGCCGCCUGGGCAUCCGGCAGACUCUGUGGGCUCUUGCCUUUUUGACUUCCCUGGCGCUGUUUCUGUACCAGGCGGCCAAGUGUGCCAUCUCUUACCUGGAGCACCCCCACGUCACCUCUCUGAAUGAGGAGGCCAGCCCCGAGAUGGUUUUCCCCGCCGUGACCAUCUGCAACAUCAACCGCUUCCGCUUCUCCGCGCUCACUGACGCCGACAUCUACCACCUGGCGAACUUGACGGGUCUGCCCCCCAAAAACAGGGACGGGCACAAGCCCACCGAUUUAAUGUAUCCCGCCCCCGACAUGCAGGACAUCUUCAACCGGACGGGACAUCAGUUGGACGAGAUGCUCAUGAGCUGCAAUUUCAGCGGACAGAACUGCUCGGCCGAGGACUUCUCUGUGGUUUACACCAGAUAUGGGAAAUGCUACACUUUCAACGGCAACAAGACCACAUCCAGGAAAUCCAAGCAGGGUGGAAUGGGAAAUGGCCUGGAGAUCAUGCUGGAUAUACAGCAGGAUGAGUAUCUGCCCAUCUGGAGAGAGACAAAUGAGACGUCCCUGGAGGCCGGCAUCCGUGUUCAGAUCCACAGUCAAGACGAGCCUCCCUACAUCCACCAGCUGGGCUUCGGUGUCUCUCCGGGCUUCCAGACCUUUGUUUCAUGUCAGGAGCAGAGGCUGACCUACCUGCCCCAGCCCUGGGGAAACUGCCGCUCCACCAGCAAAGAGAAGAUCCCGGGAUACGACACCUACAGCAUCAGCGCCUGUCGUCUGCUCUGCGAGACCAACGAGGUGAUGCGAGUGUGCAACUGCAGGAUGGUGCACAUGCCUGGAACUGCAGAUAUCUGCCCCCCCAGUAAAAUCAACUGUGUCGACAAAGCGCUCGCACAGCAACAGAAGAACAGCGGGGACACCUGUCCGUGCGAGACGCCCUGUAAUCUCACCCGCUACGGCAAAGAGCUCUCCAUGGUUAAAAUCCCCAGCAAGGGCUCGGCUCGCUAUCUCUCCAGGAAAUACGACAAGUCCGAGGACUACAUCAGAGACAACUUCCUGGUCUUGGAUAUCUUCUUCGAAGCCCUGAACUAUGAAACGAUUGAGCAAAAGAAAGCCUACGACGUUGCGGGUUUAUUAGGGGACAUCGGUGGACAGAUGGGCUUAUUCAUCGGCGCCAGCAUCCUGACAAUCUUGGAAAUACUGGAUUAUAUGUAUGAGGGGAUCAAGCGCCGGCUACAACGUCUGCUCCGGCCACAGAAGAAGGAGGAGAAGAAGAACAAGCCGCCGACCAGCACCGUUGCAACAGUGGGUCUGGAGGAGAUGAAGGCAAAGGAGCCUCAUGACGUGACACGGAAUCACCCGGAGGGGGCGUACGCCAACACGCUGCUCCCCAACCACCACCACCCUCCUCACCCUCACCCCCACCACCACCGCACGGGACCCCACGGGGUGUUUGAGGACUUCGCUUGCUAGAGCCGACCACCGUUCCCAGUCCCGGUGACAGCAAAAGAUACGAGCCGUCUGCGUGCGACAUUGAUCGCAGGCCCCUUGGCAUUUUUCCGUCAUUCCUUUGCCGUCACCAGUGACGAGCUACAGCCAAAGUCAGACACCAAAGCUGUGCUUGUGCUAACAAACCACCUGUGUGUGCAGUAUGUACAGUAGGCACCAACUGGACACAGCUUUUUCUCUUCUCUCUCUCUCUCUCUCUCUCUCUCUCUCUCUCUGGGUGGGACCCCCCCACCCCCCCCUCUCGCGUGAGAAGUCGGGCAAUUUGUGAUUUCAGGACCACGCUUUGGUGCGUGAUCACGUCAAGGGAACAAGUGGAGGACCGCAUGUCACCUUGAUCCUACAUGAUUUAUUUAUUAAGCCAGCAUCUCUUUAUUUUCCCGUCUGUCUGUGUCCCUCUGUUUAUCUCUUCUCAAACUGUUCCCCACCAUUUUAUGGAGAGAAAACAAAAACAACGCACUUGUAUCAUAUCCGUCCCUUUCACAUUAUAAAUGAUGUAAUUAUUUAAAGAGAUACUAUUAUCCAUAUGUUCUAUAUUGUAUACAAGAUGAGAGUACUUGAGCAAGCAAAAUCCUAUUCGUGCUACAUCCAUCCGAAGUACGAGGGAGGGAAAUAUUUACGCCGAAUUGUACGACCUUGGCCUAGUAAGUGCUAGAUACAUCUUUCCACAUGUUACACACUGUCCGCUCGUGGUCGGGGUGUUAGAGAGUAGCACUGUACUUGUACAUAAAGUCCGACUUUAAAACGAGAGAGUUCAAAAAAGUUCUGUUUUAAUGGUUGUUGUUUACAUUUCAGUCAAUAUAUAACUUAGGUAAUAUUCAUUUUAGUUAUUUAUACAUUUUAGAAAAUACUUUUUUAUAUGAUGAUAGAAAUCACGAUUGUAGCAAAUGCUGUACACUUACAAUCUGCAGAUAUGUUAGACUGCCACGCAUCAACAUACAUUUGCUGGGGUUAAAAAAAAAAGAAGAAAAAAAAAGGAAUUGUGACUAAUAUACACAUCAUCUCCUUUUAUAUGUUCUAUUUGGUUGUCACCGAAACGUUUUCCAAGACAACGUACGAGUCCUCCGCAUAUGGAUGAGGACCGGAUGAUAGUUUCGUUCGUGACACGGUUGUACUUAAAUUAUUCUUUCUUGAUUCGACUCCAUGCCGCCCACCGUCCACUCUUCACUUUGGUUAGCGUCAUAACUUUAAGCUGACUUAAGCAAUAAGAGACAGAAUUACAUUUUAUUUUUUUUUGCCAAGUCAUCUCCCUUUCAGCUGUGGGCCAGAACCGCUGUAAACGUGUAGCAGCUAUUUACAGUGUAAACUUGGCAUCUGUGUGUGUGCGUGUGUGUGUGUGUGUGUGUGUGUGUGUGUGUGUGUGUGUGUGUGUGUGUGUGUGUGUGUGUGUGUGUUUGCAUGUGCACUUUAACAUUUUGCACACACGACUGAGCACAUUAGAUUGAGUGACUCCGUGAUAAAAAAGAAGGGGGGCUGUAGAAUCAGAGCUGUUAGAAAGGAAGAAGGAGGCUUGCAGAGUUUUAUUGCAGUGGUGAGGUUUUUCUUUCUAAUAAAUCCUGGCCCACGUGACGCAGAGACGAGCGUUAUGUAAAUGUUGUCCUGCGGGCGAAAAUAGCCUUAUUGGUUUACUUAAACCUAAAAAGGGGUGAGACGAGGACGCCGCAAGUUUCAAGAGCACAAGUUCGCAAAGUGUGAAUACAAAUAGAAACCUCACACUUUACUCGGUCAUUAUAUUUGCUUUCAUGAUGAAAGGUCAGCUGGCUGCUUAGCAGCCGUUUUCCGCAGCACGGAUUUCAUCCCCUCUAACAUCGGCAUUCACAUAACUACACCGCGUGGGAGCUCGUGGCGAUUUGGUUCAGGGGUUGUUUUUUUUCAUCGCGUGAAUCUUCGCAAAUGCGAAUUUACUCUGUUAAAAAGCCGACAGCAGGAGCAAGGGUAAACACAUAAACCAUGUCCUUUUUAAUGGAAUCGCAAAAUGUCUGUGAGAAAAAGGAUGAUAGUUGAAGAAGCGGCUCAGAUGUCGACAUCAGGACCAGCACAAGCUGGGUCAGUGGCCCGAGAAUGUCGCAGAGCGCUUUUCGAACCAUGUCAUGGUUUUGCACUUGUCCCGCUCCAUACGGCCGCAGGAGGAGAACGGCAGUUGCUGUCCUAUAUACCCGAGACAAACCCUCAAGGUGCUCAGAGCGUCACCGCCGGCCCGGGGCAAGGCUGGAAUUGAGGAACAGGAACAGGAACAGCAUGACGUGUUUUGCUGUGCUCAGGCAGUGGAAAUGGCUGCACGGUGGCCUACCCCAGUGGCAAUUGGCCAGUGCUGCAGCUGUAAGACGAGCCGAACAAAUACCCCGACGCAGCCUGACCUGUAUUUACGUAGGCAGCGCGACUUAACCGUGCUCCGUAAAGCAGAUUCCUCUUCUCACACCCUUCGGCCUCCAUCGCCGGGCUUCGGUCCUAAAGUUACUUUCGCUACGACCGGACUUUCCUUUUCUCUUGCAAUCGCAAAUGUACGCUCAGUUGGGUGCAUGACCUCUGACCAGCCACGAGAGAGGAGUUUGGCGAACGCUGCCCUGCGAAAUGUUGAAAAUGUUGCUCUGUUGGUACGUCUGUUGUUUCGCCACUCAUUUAUAUAGUUUGACUUUGUUGGGCUAAGUGCUGCAUAGCUGCUGACUCGGCCUGAGUCCCAUUCAUUUGUCACAUGAGACUGCGGGUGCUAAACGACAAGACAAAUGCCUUUUACCUCGGUUGAGACCUUCACAGCAUGCGGGCAGCUAAUUUGCCGUGGUGCUGCUGUUUUGGGCCCGAAUGUGUGAAAACCGACGUCAGAUGUCUGUCGUGGUGCGUGAGUCACAAAAAUGUGGCGGACUUCAAAAAUUUCAAACGAGCGGAUUAAAAAGUGGCAGACAGCCCCGCUCCUGACGGAUUCGUGAAAUGCUUCAUAUCACAGGAUAUCAUGUUUACAAAUUACAAUUUAAUUAUGUUUCCGUUAAUUGGACUUCUGCUUCAGCGGCGUCGGCGCAGGACGUUUUUCGCUCACAGCCAGAUUCCGCAGUCCUCCAUCUGUCGAAUCCCUUCCUCCUAUCAAGUAAUCAUGGGCUACACAUGGCUGUUUAAUAUUCAUAAUCAUGUGUCACUUUGACAUUUUCAAAAGGUUCCCAAUCACGGUCUCUGAUGGCAUCCUGUACAGGCUAUGCAUAACAAUCUUCUCCCCUGUCAUCAAUAAUUGUAGCUAUCCUCAGACAAGUCGCACAGGGGCCCGGUGUGUUGAGAUGAAUACCAGGCUGAAUUAUCACUGUAGGGUUGUGUUUGAACGGCGCAGCCCUGGAGGAUUUUUUUUCUUUUUAAUGCUCAAGGUGCCACGUCUAUGUGCACUGUAAAACGGGGCCAGGUUAAUUCUGUAUCCAAAAGCAUUUAAUAGCACAUUAGAGUUGGUGGGACGACAGCGGAGUGUGUGUGAGGCGCCACAGGCCUGAGCGCUGGGCAGCGGCUCUGUGCUGUAGCAGACGGGACAGUUUCCCUGCUUGAUAACAUGUAGCUCGCAUUCCUGAGAUUCCUCGAGCCUCUGCUCUAAUUUCCCUUCUCGCACAGCUCUUUAAGGCCUCCUUUUCUUUUUUGUUAUGGCUCUGUGACAUUCAGCCCGUGUGCGCUUAUUGCAUCAUCCAUAAAAAAAAGAAAUCUAUUGAAUGCAACCAGCCACCGACGAUAUGUUUUGAAUAUGUGCUCUUUUGUCCUUACUUCUUAUUUAUUUUUCUCCAGCUGAAUAUGUUUUGGCUGAGCCCUGAGAGGUCAACUGAGAAGAGAGAAAUAGAGAGUGCAGGGGUGAUGCAAGCAGCUGUCAGGAAUUCACAAGGAGGAAUCUCAUCCCCAUAUCUGACCGAAAUGGAAAUGGACCAUCACUGCAGUAACAAGGAGAGCUUACUUUUUUGUACAGAAGUGUGAAUCUUGUGAUUAUUUCCUCUGUUAGGACACAUUUUAUAAAUGUUAAAUAUGGUAAAUACAAUGACUAUUAAAGUUUAGAUAAAAACCAGUGCUUUCUAUAUCCAGAGCCUAGUUCA